CCUAGCAGCUAACUAGCUUUAGCUAAGGUCACGUGUAUCGUCGCGAACCAAUGGCAGGCUGUCAGUUCUAUUAAUGUUUACCGACAGCUGGCCUUGUGUAUUUUGGCUUUAAGGACGUGGCAGUGGAGGAUCCAGAUAUGGAGGUGUGUGGUUGUUGACGGCGCAGAGGAGCAUCAGCUGUCUCACCAAGAAACAUGACUUCAACACAAAAGAAACUUCACCGUUGUGAGGACUGUGAGAAAGAGUUUGGUUCAGCCGGUCAGUUAAAGACUCAUCAGAGGAUUCACACCGGAGACAGGCCAUUCGCCUGCGACCUGUGUGACAAAAAAUAUACCACAAAAGGGCAGCUAACGAUUCAUCGGCGAGUUCACACCGGAGAAAAACCUUAUACUUGUGAACACUGUGGGAAAACAUUUGCCAGAGCAGAUAACUAUCAACGCCACCAGGACGUCCACACCGGGUAUAAACCAUUUGGCUGUGAGCUGUGUGGGAGGACAUUUGCCAGAGCUGCCGACUCUCAGCGACACCAACGCAUCCACACCGGAGAGAAACCCUAUUCUUGUGAGCUGUGUGGGAAAACAUUCGCCAGAGAGUGGAGCUAUGAGCAACACCAGCGUGUCCACACUGGAUAUAAACCGUUCAGCUGCGAACACUGCGAGAAAACAUUUGCCGGAGCGAGCGACUAUCGGCGGCACCAGCGUGUCCACACUCAAGACAAACCAUACAGCUGCGAGCAGUGUGGGAAAACCUUCUCUCGGCUGUCGCACCUCAGGCGCCACAAGCCCACUCAUGUAGAGAAGCAGCAUCAGUGUGGCGAGUGCGGGAAGUGUUUCAUCCUGGAGAGAAACCUCAUUGUCCACCAGGGAAUCCACAGCGGAGAGAAACCGUACUGUUGCAAACACUGCGACAAAGCCUUCGCCUCCAUCUCGGACCGAAAGGUGCACGAACGCACCCACAGAACCGCUGAUACCAAUGAGACCAUCUUCUCCUGUGAGCAGUGUGGGAAGAAGUUAAGCUCCCACAGUGCACUUCAGACUCAUGAACGCAUUCACAAUGCCUUCGUCACGACGACACAGCGCUUGAGUCACAAGAGACUAUCAUCACCGGAGGAAGUGUCUGUCAUUACGUGUAACUGAUAUCACUAUUAAACAGGAUCAAACCGUUACAGGACCAUCGACUACUGCACGCGUUCUCUAUGGAUGUCGUAUAAACAGAUGAUCUGACAUUUUAUCAUGACAACACUUAUGCUCAUCAACUGAUCAGCAACUGAAAAGGCAAUGAAUAAUCAUAAAGUAUGUUUCAUAUUCUAUUUGAUAACUAUUAACAACCAUUAAACAGUAACUGUUAACAUUCAACCACUUCUUAGACAACUUGACUGUUGGAGUCUUCUGUGAUGCCGUAGGAAAGGUGCAGAUUCAUUCUGAAAUACUACUGCUCAUUUUUAGCUCCGUUGUCGUCUUCAUUAGCAAUUUCUUCAAACAUGGCUGACAAAACUACUGGUCAAAUUAAUUUCAAAUUUUAUAUGUAGCUUCCUUGGGACAGUGCCUGCAUACAUAAUGUCGUAAUACAACAUGAUCCUCUUGCCUUGAGCAGCUUAGUCCUUUUGUCCAAAUAUAGUCACUUCUGGAUCCAAAAGCCAACAUGGCUGAACCGUAAACUACCGGUGUCAAAUGUUCUCUGCGACACAAGUCUCGGUAAAUAAAAUGAUGUUCAAAUGAGAGCUGGGCCAUCAAAAAGUGAUAAUUAUCGCAAUAUGCUUUCAUGUAGAGAUUAUUGUUGAUUUUGUGAUCUAGAAUUUUAAACCUUUUGAGUUUGUUCUCAGCUAAAACACCAAGUUUCAUAUUUGGAUGUUGAACAUUUGAUCAGACAUGUUUUCACUGCUCUACAUCUGUGUGUUGUGACCUUAAAGAAUAAAACCACAAAUAACGUUUUUACAUUAUUUUUUAUUUUGUAGCAUUUUCUACAUCGCUGCGUCCUCUGUGCUACUUUUGCCUUUUACAAGGUUUUAGUUAUGAUAUCUUUAAUGUCUUCAUCAUAUAUUUUUUUUCUUUUCUAUAUUUAUGGAAUAAUGUAAAACUUUUGUUCCUCACCGAUAUUUCUGAAGUAACUGGCAUGUUUUCUGUUGAGUCAGAUAAUAGUGUUAGCUCGACAGCUGUUGAAUGCUAACAUUAGCUUUUAAAAGUAGUUCGUGGUGAUGAAAUAUGUUGUUUUAACUUAAUCUCAUUUAAUGUCUGGGUUUCACAGUCAUUGUCUUUUCAGUUGCUGAUCACAUGCUUAACAGCGUCAUUGUGGCAGAAUGCCAGGUUCUGUGUGUGUGUGUUUAUGUAAAUUCAACAAUAUGAGGUUAUGGUUUUGAUUGAAGCAGACGGUCCAACGACACCAAAGUGAUGUACAUUCAAUAAAAUGUCAACAGUGAACGUUUAA